AUGGACUCAUUUGGAGCAGGAGCAACAUAUGGGGAAGAGAAUCAGUUUUGGCGAGGAGCAUUCUCAAAGCUCUGUGCAGCUAGAGUCCCUAAGAGUGAGGAGAUGGAAAAGAACUUUCUCCAGGAAGCUCAGAAGGGACAGGAACCCAUGAACUGGCAUUGGGUCAUUCCAGGAGUCGCUGGAUAUGUGGGAGCAGUGGAGGCAAUGACAAUGAUGCUGGGAAGGGUAAGGAAGGAAGGAGAAGACAUGCAAAAUGUAAUUUUGGCAUGUCGCCGUGUGUGUGAAUUAAGACGCACUCAGUUAAACAAAGCCAAGUCGUGCAGAGGAUUACUUUCUGCUCAGCAUGCAAAGGAACUGGCUGCAUGGGAGGAUCUUCUCGCUGAAUUGGAUGGGAAACCUGCUUCUUAUUAUAUGAGGAUUCUCAUGCUUGCUGGGCUCUUCAUGUUCUUCCUCUAUUACAUCACCCUUCAUCAGAACCCUCCAAUCAAAGACCACUGAAUUCAUUGAGCAGUCACCCCAUCUCUAAGCAAGUAUGAAUGAAGGAAUGGCAACAGAAAAAAGAUGAGAACAGACCAAAAGUUGAUGAGGUUUACGCUUGCAGACAAAAACAUCACAGCGCUUCUCCACCAC